AGUAGCCCUACAUGUGGUAGUGCUGCGACUGUUAGGAGCGAUACAGCAGAAGUGAAAGAGAAGAAUCCAGCAUACAGCCUUGAUUUACUGCUUCACAACAGACACCAUGAGGCCAGGAUUCAGUCCUCGUGGGGACAGAGGAGGAAGAGGCGGAGGUAGAGGAGGAUUUGGUGACCGGGGAGGACGAGGAGGAUUCAGAGGAGGAAGAGGUGGAGGAUUCAGGUCCCCAGAGGGUGGAGGAUUUCGGGGCCGCGGGUGUGGCAGAGGCACCCCAAGAGGGAGAGGAGGCAGAGGCGGGAGGGGUGGCGGCAGAGGAGGCUUUGGAGGAGGGAAGAAGGUCUUGGUUGAGCCACACAGACAUGAAGGAGUGUUCAUUUCCAGAGGGAAGGAGGAUGCCCUGGUGACCAAGAACAUGGUGGUAGGAGAGUCUGUGUAUGGAGAGAAGAGGAUCAGUGUGGAGGAAGGAGAGACUAAGAUUGAAUACAGAGCCUGGAAUCCGUUCCGCUCCAAGCUGGCAGCAGCCAUCCUGGGAGGAGUAGACCAGAUCCAUAUCAAGCCCGGUGCAAAGGUCAUGUACCUGGGUGCUGCCUCUGGUACCACAGUUUCCCACGUUUCUGACAUAGUUGGACCGGAAGGGCUAGUCUAUGCUGUCGAGUUUUCCCAUCGGUCAGGUCGGGACCUUCUAAAUGUGGCAAAGAAACGUACCAACAUCAUUCCAAUAAUCGAAGAUGCUCGGCACCCACACAAAUAUCGAAUGCUUGUUGGCAUGGUGGAUGUGAUUUUUGCUGAUGUUGCCCAGCCUGACCAGACAAGGAUUGUUGCUUUGAACGCUCACAACUUCCUAAAGAACGGAGGACACUUUGUUAUUUCCAUCAAGGCCAACUGUAUAGAUUCAACAGCGGCUCCAGAGGCAGUGUUUGCCUCAGAAGUAAAGAAGAUGAGUGCAGAGAACAUGAAACCACAGGAACAGCUCACACUGGAGCCCUAUGAGAGAGAUCACGCUGUGGUAGUGGGCGUCUACAGACCUCCACCUAAACAGAAGAAAUGAGGUGUGGAAAAAAGCUCUGGAAUUACCAUUGUCAACCAUCUUUUUGUACUGAGUGAUGUCUGUUGCCCUUCUCUCCUAAUAAUUUGAUGCUAGUGGUAUAACUUGUGUUGACAGAAUGAUCAGUAUGAUGGAAUAUGUUGUAAUUCACAACAGUUUAUGCUUGCUUUAGUUUUUUGACAUAACUGAUAACUUUGUCUUAAUAAAAUUGUUUGAUUCUUGUU